UCUGGAGUUGCAGGCGUACAUAGGCUACGGAAACUGCUUAACAUUAGGUGGGCCGUAUGCUUGUUUGCCACCGACGUAGUAUAAAAAACAGUAAAUCGGUACUACAAGCGCUAUGCAGCGACAAACUUACUUCAGAGCUUAUACUUGAAUGUCAUCGAAGCCUCACUGAAGUGAGCAAAGAAGGCAACAAAGUAACAGUACAAUGGAUAAAGGGGCAUAGUGGAUCAAGAGGAAACGAUGCAGCGGAUGAACUGGCCAGGAAAGGUUCAGAAACACCGGCAUAUGGACCCGAGCCAAUCAUGCCCCUACCAAUAUCCUACAUACACAACCAGCUAGAACAACAUCACAGACAACUGCACAACAAGUACUGGAAUGAAAUGAAGACAUGCAGGCAAACCAAAGAAAUUCUACCGGAACUGAACCACAAACUUACCAAAAUAUUACUGAAAACACCAAGAAGCCAACUACGUAAAAUAGUAGGAUUAAUAACAGGACAUAACACACUAAACAAACACCUACAUAUUAUGGGUAAAACGGACAGCCCCAUGUGCAGAGCGUGCAUGGCAGAAGAAGAAACAACAAAACAUAUUCUCCUAGACUGUAAACAGGUAGAAGUAUAUAGGAGCAAAUACCUAGGGAAUCCAUGCACACUAAAGGAAGCAACUAGCAACCUGAAGACCUUGCUAGGCUUCGUGGAGGAGCUGGGGUGGUUAGAGUAGCGCUACCUCGUUUCA